AUGGACGAAGACCCCAUCAAUCCCUCUUCCGAGCAGCACCAACAGGAUGCACAAGACCAGUCAGAUGACCUGUUUGCCGUCGCCUUGUUGAUUGAUGAACUGAAACACGAGGACGUUCAAUACAGAUUGAAUGCCAUCAAAAACUUGCCAGUCAUUGCCAAGGCAUUGGGUCCAGAACGAACACGUAAUGAGCUCUUGCCAUUCCUUCAAGAAUGUAUCGACGAUGAGGACGAGGUCUUGGUUGUAUUGGCUGAAGAGUUGUCCAACCUGACUGAAUCUUUGGGUGGCCUUGAUUUUGCCUAUCAUUUGCUCGUACCUUUGGAAAAUAUAGCAGCUGUGGAGGAAUCCUCAGUACGAGAAAAGGCUGUUCAAUCACUUUGUCAACUUGUUGGCAUCCUUGCACCAAAUCACGUCGAGCAAUACUUUUUGCCUCUGCUGAAGCGCUUGAGCAUGGGCGAAUGGUUCACGAGUCGGACAUCAGCUGCGGGGCUUUAUGCUGAUACGUACAAAAGAGUUCCGGCCAAUGUGCAGGUUGAACUGAGAAACAUGUUUGCUCAGCUUGUACGUGACGAUAGCCCUAUGGUCCGAAGAGCCGCUGCAAAGGCAUUGAGCACAUUUGCGCAACAAUUGCCUGCAAACGAUUUGCUUGGUGGUGGAUUAGAGCUUUUGCAAGAACUCGCACAGGAUUCGCAGGACUCUGUUCGAUUGUUGGCUGCCGAAGAUUUAGUAGCAUUCGGUAAAAUGUUCACAUCCGAGCAAAAUAGCCAGCAUCUGCUGCCCAUCUUUAAAGCGUUGGCAGAGGACAAGUCAUGGCGUGUCCGAUACAUGGUUGCAUCCGAAUAUGUUGAGAUUGCUCAAGCAUUCGGCGAACCUAUUGUGCGUGAACACUUUACUGAACCUUUCCUUAGCUUUUUGGAUGAUCCCGAGGGUGAAGUUAGAACGGCAGCAGCAGGACGGAUCACUGGAUAUGCCCAGCUUGUAGACAAGGACGUUGCCAUUGAGCGGCUAUUACCGUGUGUCAGAGAUCUCGUUGCGGAUGAGAACCAGCAUGCCCGUGCUGCGCUUGCAAAGGAAGUCAGCGGUUUGGCUGUGAUCGUUGGACAAAUGCCAACUAUGGAGUACCUGUUGCCUACAUUCUUGCAGCAGCUCACAGAUGAUUUUCCAGAUGUGCGGCUGAACGUCAUUUCCAGCUUGGACGAAAUUAACAAGGCCAUCGGAAUCGAGCGUCUUUCACAAGCGCUCCUUCCAGCCAUCCACGAGCUAUCCGAAGAUAAACAAUGGCGCAUUCGACUUGCUAUUAUUGAAUAUAUCCCUCUAUUGGCAAAGCAAUUUGGCGCACAAUUUUUCGAAGAGAAGCUCUUGGAUUUGUGUAUGGCCUGGUUACGCGACAAGGUGUUUUCGAUCAGAGAGGCAGCCACAACAAACCUCCAGAGACUAACCCAAGUGUUUGGUGCUGGCUGGGCGGAAAAAGCCAUCAUUCCACGAGUGCAAAAGAUGGCGAGCGAUGAUAAUUAUUUGCACAGAAUGACGGUCAUCUUUGCAUUGACGACCAUGGCAGAUGCACUACCAGCAAAUACUGUUCGAGAGUCUGUGCUCCCCACUGUGAUUGAAUUAUCGAGCGACCCUAUCCCCAAUAUCCGGUUUAAUGUCGCCAAAUCUUUGGAGACGAUGAUACCAUUGCUCAAGCAGAACCAGGCCAUGUUAGAACUCGUUUCUAGUAUGGCAAAACCGACGCUGGAAAAGCUUAGCACCGAUAAGGAUGGUGAUGUUAGGUUUUUUGCCCACCGAGCAUUGGAAGCAGGUAAAAGGCCACCACUUACUACGAAUGCUACUGCUAGGUGA